GUUAUUACAGGCAGUAAACCUCAACUAGCAAAUACCAUGUUAGUACUCAUGAUCCGUGGUAUUGUGACAGAUUUGAAAUACCCGUAUGCAGCCUUUGCCACUAGGGGUAUAAGUGCUGAUUACUUAUUUCCUUUACUUUGGGGAGCUGUUAGUAAUUUAGAAACAAUUGGAUUGAAACCGCUGUUUGUAACCUGUGAUGGAGCUUCACCCAACCGCAAGUUCUUCAGCUUACACGAAGAUCCUCAGCUGAAUAAUUUCUACUGGACAUGGAAUCCCUACUCUCUUCCACGCAGGAAGCUGUACUUCAUUUCAGAUGUUCCCCAUCUUAUCAAAACAACCAGAAACUGUUUUUCCAAUUCAGGAUCCCACAAAAAGACCAGAGAUCUGUGGAAGGAUGGCCGAGAUAUCAGUUGGAUUCAAAUUUUGAAGUUGUAUGAAGAACAUGUAGAAAACGCCUUGUUUUGUAAGACAUACAAGCUUACAAGAGACCAUAUAGAUUUGUCACCAUACACAGCCAUGAAAGUCAACUUGGCUGCACAAAUAUUUAGUAGCUCUGUGGCAAAUGCUUUGGAGGAACUAUAUGGGGACCCAGUCAAAGAAACUGUAAACCUAAUUAGGCAUAUCAACCGAUUUUUUGAUUGUCUCAACUCAAGGAGUUUGCAGGAAGGAAGCAGAACUCGGAACAGUGAUAAGAAAGAGUACCGCAGUAUUUAUGACCCCAGACUGGAUUACCUUCUUAAUGACUUCUUGGAUUUUUUCAAAGCCUGGGAGGAUAGUGUUAUGCAACGGCCUGGGCAAUUUACUUUCACUCAAAGGAAACGCAUGAUAUUCAGCCAUCAAACACUGAAAGGACUCCGAAUAUCUGUACAUUCCAUAGUUGAAUGUGUGCGAUUCAUGCUUGAUGCCGGUGCAGAAUUUGUUCUUACUCAUCGAUUUAAUCAGGACCCUUUAGAAGAACAGUUUGGACAAUUUAGACAUAAAGGAGGCUCAAAUGACAAUCCAUCAGUUUACGCUGUCAAACAGAACUUUUCACAGGUAAAGGUCAUUGGUUCAUCUGUGCUUCAACCAAUACGUGGCAACAUAUCAAACAAGAGGCCACACCCUACCUUGACUGUUGAUGAUACAGCACUCCCUAGACGAAGACAGAAGCGCGUGUAA